AGAGAACUCAGGUAGGGUUUAUGAGCGGCAUUUAAACAGAGCAGCCUCUAGGGUUUAAGGAGGGAGAGAACUCUUCAGGCCCCUUUCAAAAUUUCCGACCAGCUCUGGCUGAGAGAGAUGUCUUUCUGGGGAGUUGAAGUAAAACCGGGCAAGCCAUACAUUCAUCAUAAUGAAAUUGGGCAGGGAAGAAUUCAAAUAACUCAGGCUACGUUAGGUACUGGUUCGUCAACAAAGAAGAGCACAGUUCAAUGUAAUGUUGCAGAUAAGAGUCCAAUUUUCUUGUGUACACUGUUGCCCGAAAGAAUUGAAUCAUGUCCUUUGCAUCUUGAAUUUGAGGAUGAUGAUGAAGUAACCUUCUCAGUGAUUGGUCCUCGAAGUGUUCAUCUUUCUGGCUUCUCUGUCAGCAAUGAUCAAGAUUUUGACGGAGACGAUGAUCCUUUUGGGGAAGACAUUGCUGAGACUGAGACAGAGGAAUCUACUGAGUAUGACACUGAAGAUGAAUAUGAGGAUGAUUUUAUUGAUGAUGAUGAUAUUGAAAUGUUUCCCCCCUCUCCUGUCCCAAACAGUGGAGUUUUAAUUGAGGAGAUCUUGGAUGAUGAGAAACCAGCAAAUGGAAAUGCUAAAUCUAAACCACUUGUCAAGAAGAGUCAUUCGAAGGAGUCUGAUGAUGAUGAUUACUUGCAGAGACAAAUUAUUGUCAAGAGUGAUGCCGCUGUCCAAGGUCUGGUGAGUGAAGAUGAAGAUGGCUUUCCAAUUCCCGAUUUGCAUAAAAAUGAAUCAAAAAUUCAGAAGGCUGAAGAAGCAGAAGAAAUGACAGAUAAGAGGACAGAAGAGCCCAAAAAGAAGAAGAAAACAAAAAAUGAUAGUGAUAGUGUUACAAACUUGAAAAGAAGGGUUGACACUCCCAUCCAAGAUGAUGAAUCCAAAAGGAAAAAGAAGAAGAAGACUGCGAAAGAGCAGAAUCAAGAAGCAAAAGCUUGUGAAUAUAGUAAAGAUAAGAAGACUGAUGCCUUUAAAGAGGAUGAAGUUAAGCUUGAAAACGCAAAUGUUUUUGACGUGGACCAGGCUGUAACUGCUAAAAAUGAAAAUAUUCAGAGUCCAAGCAAUGAGAAGAACCUGGGCAGUGAUGUUGAUCUUGUUGCUGGUGAAAACCACUGCGAGGAUAAGAAAAAGAGAAAGAAAAAGAAAAAGAAGGCUAAAACCCAGGUUUCUGAAGGGGAUGCAAAUAUGAAGCAAAUUUCCCCAGGAACUGGAGAUGAACACAAAUCCAGUGAGGUCAAACCCUUUCAAGUGAGGACCUUUGGAAAUGGAUUGGUCGUAGAGGAGCUAGCAAUGGGGAAACCUGAUGGAAAAAAGGCUUCUCCUGGGAAUAAGGUCAGUGUACAUUAUAUUGGCAAGCUACAGAAGAACGGACAAAUAUUUGACUCUAAUAUUGGCAGCGCCCCUUUUAAGUUUCGCUUAGGUGUAAACCAAGUUAUAAAGGGGUGGGAUGUGGGAGUUAAAGGCAUGCGUAUUGGGGACAAACGGAGACUCACAAUUCCACCAUCAAUGGCUUAUGGUGCUAAACGACAGGGGACAAUUCCUCCAAACUCGACGCUGGUGUUUGAUGUUGAGUUGGUUGGUGUCCAUUGAUUUUGCCUGCUGUUGCACUAUGCUUGAGGUUUUCCUUCUCUCCAAGCCCAUAUUCACGAUUGGUUUUGACAUGCACCUUGUUCUAUAAUUAUACUCCUUUUUUUGGCCCUGAUCACUUGCCUUGGUUUACGAGCUGCUUGUACUAUUAGUAAAAGGGAAAAUGUAAAAAAAAAAAUUAUGUAUUUUUUGCCUUAUGUUUCUUUUAAGAGCUGUUAUGCCUUUGUUUCUAUUAUAAUUUUGAUGUGAGUCCUGUUUAUCAUGUUUUUUUAGUUUAAUUGUUAUUUUAUUUACUUAUUCUAGUGAGAAAAAGGGAGGCUAAUUAAUUUUAUCAAUACUUAAUGUCCAACAACUGCAUUUUGGAUGGUA